AUGGUGAGUUUUUACCGGCUGGCGCUCAAGGACUCAGACCACGGAAACAUUUCUCUCAAGUGCAUGCAGGACAUUGAUGAAUUCCUUUCUGAUCUGAAUUCAGUGGAGCCCAAAGAAUACGCUCGAAGAAUGUAUGACUCUGUGGGGAAGCUUGGGAGCAACAUUCUUAAUGGAAACGUGGACAGGCUGGGAUCUUACAGUGAGUGCCUCUCUACCAACGCUCCCUCCAGGCGCUUCCGAGGGCAGUACUGCAAGCUUCACAUCCUGCAGGAUGGAGCUGACUACAGUGUGGGCGUGUGUGUGCCUGAUUCUUGUGCUGAGGAGGAUGUGGCUGAGAUGUCUCGGCUGGAUAUUUUAAGAUUCAGAAAUGCUUCGUUUUUGGCUCCUUCUCUCCCUCUCUUUACAAUAAAUUCUUCCUUCUCAUCUGGUGAGGGUGUGGCCAGAUGCGCCACUGGAUUAUUCCCGUUGGACACGUUUGCUGCAGUGUGUCUGCUCCUCACCUCGCUGGGCCUUGCCCUUCCUCUGGCUGGAACUGUCUAUGUGGCAACCGUGGGAUUGGGGCCAGACCCCAAGUUGUCACCCGCUCAUGGGGCACAUCCAGCCACUUACGGGAGUCUGCCUUUGAGAGAGCUGGGGAAGAAUGAGCAAAGAAGUAGAACCCGAUGGCUGGGUGGCCUGGCCCAACUCUGGCUGUCAGGAACCCCGAGCAGAGGAAAAAGAUUUCUAGAUGUCACGGACCGUGCUCUGAAAUGCUUCUCUUGGCAGAAGAAUGCACCAGCCCUCUGGACCCCAGAGACACCGGGAUACACAUGCUCUGCCCUGAAUGGCCUCCGAGUAUUGAGUCUCCUCUGGAUCAUGUCAGGGCACACUGGUCAGAUGACCGCGUGGCUGUCUUUAGAUAAUGUCCUUGAAUGGAAAACCAGAGUGCUUAAAAAUCCACUGUACCUUUAUGGUCGGAGUGGCCCGUUCUACCUUGGGGUUGACACAUUUUUCCUGAUCAGCGGCUGGUUAAGUGCAAGGUCAUUUUUAAAGAUGUGUCAGAAUUCAGACCAAGGAAUGACCCCUAAAAUCAUCCUCAGAUACUUUCUCAGUCGCCUUACAAGGUUGCAGCCUCUUCACCUGUACUCAGUGUGCUUGCUGGUUGGCUUGUUCUCCCUUGCGCCCUGGGGGCCGGUCUGGGAAGUGCCCAAGUUCCACCUGGAGAACUGCCGGCGCACGUGGUGGACCAACGUGCUAUUGCUCAAUAACUUCCUGUCUGUCCAGGAGGCGUGCAACGGCUGGACCUGGUAUCUUGCCAAUGACUUUCAGUUCCAUCUCAUCACCCCUGUAAUCGUCUUCAUCCAUGGAAAAAAUCAACAUGCCCUCAUCUUCCUUGGAGUAGCACUCUUCUUGGCAUCUUUCACCGCCACUGCUCUGCUCACACUGGCUUACAACCUUCCCGUGGCAGCUCCGUCAGAAGCAAGUGAAAAGGCAGCCAUGCUGUACUUCUCGGAGUACUACACAAAGCCCUACUGCCGACUCGGACCAUUCCUCGUGGGCCUCUUCCUGAGCAUCUUCAUGUACCAAAACCAGCAGGCAAACAUACUCAAAACCAAGGUACAGGCUCUGCUGGGGUGGAUCUGCUCCCUGUCAACCCUGUUCCUAGUGGUGACUCUGGCUUACACAGUGGAUGACUCCUCUGUCACCUCUUCAGUGGCCACUGCCAUCUACCAGGCUCUCCACCGGACACUGUGGGCUGCGGCUGUGGGCUGGGUCUUAUUUGCGUGUCAAGAGGGCUAUGGAGGUCAGGUGCACCGGCUGCUUUCCUGCCGUAUCUGGAGCUUCCUGGCCAGCAUCAGCUAUGCUUGCUACCUGGCGCACCCCAUCCUCAUCAUCCUCUACAACGGGCUUCAGGAGACGCUGAUUCACUACACAGACAUCAACAUGUUCUAUCUUUUCUCUGGACACUGUUUGGCGACCUUCAUCGCUGGGCUGGCCCUGACGCUGUUCAUUGAGAAACCAUGUCAGGAAGUGAAGCGGUGCCUGCUGGGAGCUGGGCCUGCAGGGCCGUGAACUUCCGGUAAAACCCGCAGAGGCUGUCGGCCUUUUGUGAGUGGUAAUGAGCAAAAGCAGGGUGGCCUUGUUUAUGUAACAAAUGCUUGUGUUCCUGGAAAGUGGCGUGAAUCUCAUUUUGUGAA